UUUUAUGUGUCAAAACAGGACAAUGCGCCGUGCUAAUCCGUUUGUCAUGAAAACGGUUUUCCUACGUUGGGUCGCGUGAUUUCAAAGGUGUCACCGAAGGUCCAGCCAUGGAGGUGCCAUGCUACCUGUCCAAACUGCUGCUGGAGCUCAACGAGCAGCGCAGGCGGGACUUCUUCUGUGACUGCAGCAUCCUCGUUGAAGGCCGCGUCUUCAAGGCCCAUCGCAACGUGCUGUUCGCCGGCAGCGGCUAUUUCCGAGCUCUCCUGGUCCACUACCUGCAGGAUAAUGGACAGCGCUGCAGCACGGCAUCGCUGGACAUCGUCACCGCCGAUGCCUUCUCGAUUAUCCUGGACUUCCUUUACUCGGGCCGCUUGGCCCUGAACAGAAACAACGUCAUUGAGGUGAUGUCGGCAGGCAGCUACCUGCAGAUGACCGAUCUGGUGAACUUCUGUAAGGGAUACAUCCACUCUUCGUUGGAGAUAUGCAACAAGGAGAAGGAGAGGAAAAUGGGGAAUGAUGGAGGGAUGGGUCCCGCAGACAGUGGCACUCCUGCUGUGACCGUGACCUGUGGGGCAGAGGCUGUGGGGCCGCAUUCUCAGGCUGCGGAGGCCGAUAGAGGGUCGGGUUUGGGUCCGGAGUCUGUGACCCUGGCCCGGACCCCUCUGUCCAUCCCCGUGGACGAGACUCCGGACAAAAGCAGAGACAUGGACAGCGACUACCAUUCCAGAGAGGAAUUUGCUUCUGGGAGUGAAGAACGGAAAGGACACAUGGAUCAGACGAACCUCUCUUCCUCUUCAUCGUCGGCUUUGACCCCGGAGUUAGUGAACCCCAAGAUAGAGUACGACCCGGACGAGGAGCUCGUGGAGUCCCCUGACACCAAAGACCUGGCGCCAUAUCCCGGGCCCUCGCUCCACAACCCUCAUCCCAGCAGACUACUCCCUCCCUCUCCUUCCAAUGAGCGCUCUCCCUCGGGAUACAGCCAUUCUUUCAAUGCCAGGCAGCUGAUGGAGAUGCUGGCCAAAGGUGAAGGCCCCAGCCCGCUGGGGGACAGGAUGGGACAGCAUUUUACCCAAGGACCAGGUAGCAGCACGGCAGGAGGCAGAAUGGACGACGGUUUGGGGUUUGUGGGAUCCUCUAUCAUGGAGAUCCAGUCCGAUUGGCUUGGAGAGGAAACAGGCGACGGCCUGGUAGUGCAGGUGAAACUCCACAAGUGCCCGUUCUGUCCGUACACUGCCAAGCAGAAGGGAAUCAUGAAGAGGCACAUCCGCUGCCACACAGGAGAGAGGCCCUUCCCCUGUCCCAUGUGUGGCAAGAGGUUCACAAGGCAGGAGCACCUUCGCAGCCACGCCCUCAACGUCCAUAGGCACAACUGGCCGAUGCCGUGCAAGAGCUGCAGGCGAACCUUCGCGGGAUCGGGCGUCACGCCGGGUCUCCGGCGCUUCGGCAUCUGCGACGGCUGCAACUGCGUGACGACCACUCACGACGACGACUCCGCCGCCGGCGGCGGGUCCACGGACCGCGCCGACGUGGGCACGGAUUGGUCCAGUUUCAUGGACGACGUGGACGAGGUGGAGGUCGGCAGGGUGGAGGACUUGGUGGGGAAACAGAUGCUUGAAAGGCAGCUGGCUGCCUGCGCCGACGUGGGUGACGCGGUGAAUCUGUAGCGCGCUGCACUCUGAGAAGAAACCCGUUUCUUGAACUGUAAUCCUCGUCUAACUGUGGCCGCGCUGUAUGAGACAUUUCUGUUGUUGUUUUAUUAAGUCUCCAACCGGUUGGGUGGCACGCACGUUGUUCCCAUUGAUUGGUCGCGGUAGGUUAUCAAAACAUUGGGCGAAUUACCAGUUUCAGGCUGCAUGAGCAAAUACAGAAUCCCUUUAUUCUCAGCUCUAAAGCCUGGCAUUCAGCCAAGAAGGAAAUUGGCACGAUGAAAAAGAAUGAAUUUUUGAAUUUAAACGAGGAGCAGGGUCCGCUACACGCCGCUCUGAGAUGGGAGUACGCCACCUGCAACUUUUUGAUCUCGGCGCCAGUGAGGUGGCUGCUGCGACGGUAAGAAAUGUUCUGUUGUUGAGGUUUUGAGGAGAACGGAGAAUGUGGCCGUCUUCUGCUUUUGUCUGAAAGUAACACACUGCCUUCAAUUGGAAACUGGACCUUAUUGCAAGCAGCAACCGUGUUGGCGUUUUUUGAUUGGUACACUAAUGUGGAAAUAUUACUGUAAGAUGGCCUUAUUUAUUGAAUCAUUUGUAACCAGAAAACAAAAAUGUGUCCUUUUGGCUGUUGGGAGAUGUUAUGCUCCAUGGAUUGGCCUGUCUGCAGUUUCAGGGUUUUAAAAAUAUUUAUAACAAAGUUGGUCUUUUCUUUUUUUCUUUCCUUCUGCGCAGUUGCCCAAUUACAAACGUGCUGUAUAUAAAACACUGUGAAAUGUAACGGAUGGUAGUGAAAAUAUCUUUCAUUUUAUCCAAAAAUAUUUCUGUUAAUUUAUCAAAUCACUGAGGUUAUAUUGGGUGAAUUGAGGAUAUGCA